AUGGCAGAUGCAUGGACAGAAGAUCAAAUAGCUAUAUUCCGUGAAGCCUUUCACGUCAUUGACAAGGACUCAGACGGAUUCAUUACUGUGGACGAAUUGAUAACCAUUUUCCAUUCAUUAGAUGGGAAUCCAACAAAACAAGAAAUUCAAAAUAUGAUUAGUGAAGUCGAUAUUGAUGGAAAUGGGUGGGUAGAUUUUGAAGAGUUCUUCAACAUUAUGGGAGCAAAAAUGAAGGAAAACCUGACUGAGGAGCUAAAAGACGCAUUCAAAGUAUUUGAUAGGAAUAAUGAUGGAUAUAUAUCAGCCAAUGAGCUGAGACACGUGAUGAUGAAACUGGGAGAGAGGCUGACAGAUGAAGAAGUUGAACAAAUGAUUAGAGAAGCAGAUUUGGAUGGAGAUGGUCGAGUUAGCUAUGAAGAAUUUGAAAAGUUGAUGACACUAAAUUGA